UAUUUAUUCAGAGAGAUAUUUAUUAUUUUUUAUUCCCGUUUUUAUUCGCGGCGACUUUCACCGCCACCGAGAAGGGGGUUUGUUUGAAUAAUUUUAAAGUGUUAUUGCCGUAUUUUAAACUCAGCCGGAGUUCAUUGGAAAAGAGCCGCGAUCCCGCACAUUUUUCUGCUCGUAACUUGCUGCGGGAAAGACUUCUCUGGAGCUACCUGGAGUUUAUUUUCUGCGGGCGAUCCCCGAGGCGCUUUUCAGAAGGGACACUUCGAUUGUGGCAGCCUUCUGUUCGGGAGCAGAGAGAAGGCAGGGCUUUCCCCCGGUCGUCUGAAGACUUGAUGCUCUUUCCUUGGUCCUGGAGUGACAUGAUCCUCUGCGUUCCGGGAUCCUAUCCUUUGCUAGCAGAGGAAAAGCUCAGGAGGCUAUCGGUUGAAGGCCUUGCAGUGAAUGUGUCAGAGCAGGUCAUGCAGCCUUUGACAGUCACAUCCUUCCAAGAACAAGCCGCCCCUCCCUCGGUAAUGCCCAGGCUUGAAAGCAACCCACCGCAGACACGAGACCCAGAGGAGGAUCUGCUGUGCAUUGCCAGAACAUUUUCGUUCCUGCGAGAAUCUGGCUGGUAUUGGGGUUCUAUUACAGCCAGUGAAGCCAAGCAGCAGCUCCAGAAGAUGCCAGAGGGGACUUUUCUGGUGCGGGACAGUGCUCACCCCAGCUACCUGUUCACACUGUCAGUCAAGACCAACCGAGGCCCUACCAACGUGCGCAUUGAAUAUGCUGAUAGCAAGUUCCAGUUAGAUUCCAAUUGCCUCUCCAAACCUCGGGUUUUGGCCUUUCCAGAUGUGGUUAGUCUUAUCCAGCAUUAUGUUCUUUCUUGUACUGUGGAGAGUAAGAGUGAUGCUCCUUACCCACCUCCCGUGCCUUUACCUCCCCCACAAAAGGAGAUGAUAGCAUCAGCAGUACAUCUGAAGCUCAUCCGGCCGCUUGGCCGCAAGGACAUUGCCCCCAGCCUGCAGCACCUCUGCCGGCUACAGAUCAGUCGAUGCACUGGAAAGACAGACCAGUUGCCUCUACCAAAGAGAAUGAAGGACUAUUUGAAGCAGUACCCUUUUCAACUUUAAGGACACUGUCAGUCUGCCUGGGACAAGCAACAGAACUAACAUUGAAAAAAUCCAAUUCUGGCAACAGAAUGGCUUUGAUCCACUGAUGGGGUUAUGUUCUUAAGUGGGCACAGUAAAUAAAUUGCCAGCAGAAGAGACUGUUUUUCUCAUCAUCCCCUCCCUUAUUUUUCUCAGCUAUCUAAUUUCAUUCUUAUACCAUGGAGGAGGCAGCAUGCACAAGGUACACAAAUCCAAGGCCGAAAGCUCAAGGCGUCUCUCUUCUUUCUCUGACUAGCUUUGCAGAACUACUCUUGGUAUGCGCAGACUACUUGAAUUGUGGAGUCACCAUUGCACCAGGAAUGUUCAAGCCUCAAAACUGUAUUAUUUAUUCCCAUGGUAGUUACUCUUUUUUGCUACUUCUGAGUACAUAUAGAUUGAGUGUCCUUCUUUUCCUUUUACAAGCAAAUUAUUUAAAGAUGGGCUCAAACCGUAGCUAUGUAAGACAGUCUCACAGUAGUUCAGUAUGGACUUGAAUGAAGUCUUCUGGCCAUUGGCUACUCUAUAACCUGUCAUGAUGUAUUCAUAUUCAAAUAUAAGACAAAUAUGUUGGAAGUGUAUACAAGUUUGACUCCAGUUACAAUCAACAUCCAGACUUUAGUUCCCAUCACGUUGGCACAAAGAUAACUUGCUUAUUCUUUCCAAGUUUAUUGAGCUUGGCUUAGUAAGCCCCCUUUUCUCUCCCUCCCUCUUUGAAGAGGAUAUUCCCAUUUUGAAUCAGCCAAUUAUAUCCAAAUGAUUUGUUAAAAUUAAACAGUGAAGACGCCUACAUAGCUGUCCUGUGAAGCUUAGCACUGUCCUUGGAGAAAUGGUCACAUCCUGAGCUUAGUAUAAAGUUUAUUUCUACAGUGUUUGUUUAUAUUUGUUUGGGAGGAAAAACUCAGGAAACAGGCCAUUUUUCUCCUAUUACCACAUUGGUGCCAACCCAUUAGCUGAAUGUUAACUCACAUUAUUGCUGUAUUAGCACAAAGGAGCUUCAGGGAGAACACAAUACCGAUACAUUCUUUACCACCAUUUUUCCUUGUGAGUACUUGCCCACUCUGAUUCUGAUGCUUGUCGAUGGGGCAGAGAAGAUAGCAGGAAUUAAGUGUCACUCCAGCUUCCAUCUUUUCCAGUUGCUCUAAUGCGCCUUAUAUUUGUUAGGUAGGAAGCUAAGACACUACAGUGUUGGUUGUAUAAGGUUAAGAAAGAAUUCUUGGCAUUAAUUCUGCCUUCCACUUCUUCCUCUGUCUUAUGUCAACAGUAGCUGAGGAUGGAGAAUUUGUGUUGUCAAAAGAUUGUCCUUCAUUAUUUGUCAAAAUCCUCAGGACAGUUAUACAUAUUUUCAUGGUUUUGUAGUUCAACAGUGAAUACCUCUGCUACAUGUGUGAGCUCCAGGAAGGGAUAAAACCCUAGGGCAGUCUUUUCUAACCUGGCACCCUUCAGAUGGGGACUACAACAACCUGAAUUCUAAUUGGCCCUGAUAGUGGAGAAUUCUGGCUGGUAUAGUCCCAAUACAUCUGAAGCUGCCCUAGAUACAACUUGAAACAAAAGGAGCAGUCAGCUCCAUCAGCAAUCCAAUGUGGCUUGGUAUAUUUAGUCAGUGUCCAUUUCUUCUCAUGUUUUUUUUUCCAGGAUUUGUUGUACUUCUGGUUUUAUUUUAGAUACUUCGAUAACUGACAGAAUAUGUGUGUGUGUGUGAUGUCUGGUUUGUUGAUCACAGUGCUCUCCAUUUCUGGAACAAGGGCAAAUGAAUGGGAAAAUAUCUAUUAGACAAACAAAAAAUACA